AUGCUUUACCCCGCGACCACCGUCUGCACCGACCCGUCAUGCCCUAGCCACGGUCGCGUUCUUCGAUUAUGGGAAGAUCCGAAGCGGGUGACCAUGUUCUCUCUUGCGAGUGGGGUGUUUGAGGGGUUCGCGGUGGCGACCAGCUGCAGGAAGUGCCGGGCAACGUACUACCCAAACUACGUCGUCCGUGGUGAUGUGCGACAAUAUUAUGAGGGUAUCCCCGACUACGUACAGGUCGCCGACCACACAUACAUCGAAAACGCUCUUCUCGAGCACUUCACAAUGCUAUCCGUUCUGUCUUGGACGUCAUCCACAAAUACCGCCCACAUCUACCACGAGUCAAUGUCACACCUGCCCUCCGACGCCCGUGACAUCCCCCGCUUCCAGCUUCGUACAGAACAUACGUCGGACGGGUUUGUCCUCCUCGCCCUGUUACGUGAUGCAAAGGACCGGGGCAGCGUCCUUGAAGUCCCCAACAGUGGCGACCAGCAGGAGCGUUUCAAGGAUGCCAUGAUCGCCCGCAAUCGGCGCAUUCAAUUCUCGGGCCAGCCGGAGUACGCUCAUUGGUGUCAGAAAUGCCACCGGCGUUUCGACGAUGAUAGCGGUCCGCAUUUCGUCGACUGCAUCGUAACCGAUGGUAUUAGCAUAGGACGGCCCUGUUGCGGCGUUCAAAAUUGUCGGGAGCCACUUCGCACGCCGCAGGAUCACUGGUGCGCGCGUCAUGUCCAUCAGGCCGCGUUCUGCGUCGUCGACGGCUGUUGCUACGCCCAUCGCCAAGGAUUUCGGACCUGCGACUCACAUGCCGCUGUUGAAGACCACCACGUUGCUACUGGCCAGGCGCUCUUUACCCUGCGAAUGCGUCUUCAGCGUGCCCAAGUCACACAUCCAACAGAUGCCAUCGAACCCGAUGCCCCGGUCGAAGAGGAUGUCGAUCUCGACGACACUCUCGAUGGCCCUUGUCCGGAGAAGCCUGUUGACGGGAACCGACGUGUCCGCGCACGCUUUGGUCGUCGGCGUACGCACAACGAGCAACUCAUCGUGCGGCCGUGCGGCAUCAUCACUGCCCGGGAAACUUUCUAUGGGGCAGAGACUACGCCGCAGGUUCUUGACAUGUUGCAUAAGAAGCAUCUCAUUCCGGGGUCGAUGCCGCGGUUCGUUUACUAUGACAAUAACUGUGGGCUCUACAAGCACUGUGCAGCCACCGCUGGGGAGGACCUCCACACCCGCAUCGGCCUCCCGGUAGACGUAUUCCACUGGAAAUGCAAACACAAGAAGACGGACGUUGAGUGUUCUUUCCAUUGCAACCCACACAUGUUUCCGGAGCUUCUCAACGGCGACCGUUCGUGGUACUUCAAUUCCUCCCGUGCCGAGCAGACGAACGUGUGGUUCGGCGGUUAUCACGCCAUUGUACGGGAAAUGGGUGCGGUAAAAUACGAGUUCUUCCUCGACGAGAUGAUCUUGAGGAAGAACGAACUCACACGGGCGAAAUUGGAGGCCGAGGGCUGGACUCCGGGUUAUCGCGAUGAUAUCAGGUUUGCAGGCACGAAUGUUUCAUUGUAG